AUGGAGAGUGUAAACAAAGAACAGCUUACCAUCUCCGAAACACACCCAUGGAGAGUGAUACCGUCCGUAGUUGAUGGCCUUGUCCCACUGCAGCGCAAAGUCCUCCAUACUCUUCUCCAGCAGAAAUCUCGGAAGGAGAGAAAAGUCAACGAACUCGCUGGAAGUGUGACAACGCUCUUCACACGCAAUCCUGAUCAUGAGGAGAUAGAGGAAAAUAUCAUCAAACUUGCACAUAAUUUUGCGGGAGCGAACAACAUCAACUACUUGGAACCAUCCGGAUGGUUCGGAUCCCGCAGAGAAGGCGGCAAAGAUGCAGCCAGUGGAAGGUUGCUCUUUACAAGAUUAUCUAAUUUGACAUGCGUUGUCUUCUCUGCACAAGACGAAAGCCUUUUGGUCCGUCGUUUGCGUAAAGGCAAACCAGGAGAGCCAAGAACAUAUGUACCAGCCCUGCCUACGAUCCUCGUCAACGGAUACAACGCCAGUGGUCACGAUUGGCAAACGCACAUUCCUCCAUACAACCCAAAGGACAUCAUCCAAAACCUUCGCCGCAGGAUUAGAGGAAGCUCCAAGAGUGAUAUGCAGCCUAUGCAACCAUGGUUUCGCAGCUGGACGGGUCAGAUCGCAAAAGUCGACCGAACCCAUUACUCCAUGGCAGGAAGGUUAGACAGAACUUCUGAAAACGUUGUAGAGGUCACCGAACUACCGCCUCGUCUAUGGACACAAGACUUCAAGUCCGAGCUCGACAAACUUGCCUCCGAACCCUCGCCUACGGUUAAGAGCUACACCGAGCAUCCAGCGACUCAAGGUGUACAUUUUAUCAUUGAGCUGAACGGCCCUGGUAUGGAUACUGCAACUCAAAGAGACUUAGAAUCCAAGCUGAGUCUUCACAAGACCAUCACGACCGAUAAUCUCGUUGCUCUAGAUGAAAGCGGACAAGUCCAGAAGUAUGCUACAGAUCUCGAUAUUCUGGAAGAUUUUUACCUAUCUAGGUUCAAAUCUUAUGGAAGGAAAAAACACCUUCAACUCUCGACCAUGAAACAAGAUCUGACGAAGUGGAUCGAUCAAUCACGAUUCGUCCAGCUGCUCUUGGGAGGAGACAUCGACAUAGCUCAGGACAGGGAUACUAUUGUCGGAGACUUGAUUCAGCACGGUCUCAUACCUGUCGAAAACUAUGAUUAUAUAUUUGUAACCAAANAGAGAAAACGCGAUGUCGACUGUAAGCCCACGGUCCUUGGCUAUGAACACUUGUUUGAGAUGACCGUGGCUUCAAUGAUGCCAGGCCCUAUGCAAGAGCUCGAAUUACUGAUCACCAGCAAGAAGGAGCAGAUUGCGGAGCUCGAACAGAAAUCAGUCGAGGACAUGUGGGAAGCCGACCUUGAGGCGGUUGAAGAAGCGUGGAAUCGACAGCUGGAAUUCGAUCGCACGCAUCCGACUCCAAUCUGCAAGAGAUGCAGAGGCCUUGGCUGUGUACAACAACUGUAG